ACCUCGCCGACGCGAUUGCCAGUAGCAGCAGCGGGGAAGAAUUUUUGUCCGGGGAGUCCGGGAUCCCGAGCUGGGUGGAGAUGACACCUAGGAUCGUGCCGAAAAGAAGUUCUUCCUCGAGUUCCUCAGAGCAGGGGUCUGAAGAUUUAGAUCCAAUCACGUCGCGCAAAAAGAACAGCAUCAAAACGCUGACCGAAAUCACAGAUUUUCAGUUCAAACUGGCGAACCAGUUGAUGCUAUUCGACAGCAAUUUGACCCUCCUCGCGUUAGACCUGCUCCAAUACGGACUGAACCGCGACUCGCUUUUCCGAAUUGCGCGCCGCUUCGGAAUGAAAAAGCUCGCCGUGAAGGUGUUACAGCCGAAAACGGCAAGGGAGGCGGAAUACUGCUUGGAAACGGUUCUGGCGGUGGGGGAGGAGGAGGAAAAAAAUAAAUUAGAACGAGUGGAGGAAAUUCUAGAGUUGUGCCAACACUUGUACCCCUUCCUGCUUCAUCCGACGAAUACGGCGCUGGCGGAUGUGCACAGGAGUGGCAGCGCGAGCGCGCUGGUUGGAGGUGAUAAAACCGAAACGAAUGUUGAACAACUACAUCAAAAUCAAAACGACAUCGAUGAAGAUUUUAUCAAGUACGGCGCUCCAGACCGC